GGAGGUUUCUUCGUGUAGGCUAGCAGCGCUCAUCAACAUAUCCACCAUACGGUCAGCUUGGAGCAUGAGGCAGGGUCGAAGCGCAAAGGAAGCUUGGAAGUAUAGUUGGACUGGAGAAAGCAAUCGUGUAGAUUAACGUUCAACAUAUUAGCAUUAUUUUUUCUGAGGAAAGGACUGUUUUUGUUCGGCAACGAGUAAGAUAACUUUAUAUGGAGCUGGGGAACACGUCGCCAUCCCCCUUCCGAGACAAUAAAGCCAAGUUUUCCCACGGCUUUGUAAAGAUGACCGUCGUCGAAACGCGCACAUUUGCUUUCUAAACUUCAUCAGUGUCGUUUGAUCGGGUAACGAGAUGUUUUACCCCUUAAAACACUUUGUUAGGGAAGUGCGCGAGUGAUGUUUCGGACGUGACUCUAGAUUGUACGAGAUUUUCGUCCUGGAUAUCCCCAGUGGCGUUGUGGCGCCCAGCAUUCACCACAAACACAGGAUCUAGGAAUCUAUUGCGCCUGAACCACAACGCUGUCUCCUAUACACUGACAGUGAAAAUACUUGGAUUGAUUGGGUAUCAGCUCAGCUGCGGUGGAGCCAAUGGGCAUAUGUUGCUGAUGCCCACAGCUGAUGUCCCAUCGCCCACCCACGUCUCAUCUCUGCUAGCAGCACCCACAGCGAGAUGGGCACCCACAGAAUUCUGCUGUCCUGGAGUCUACUCUUCCUAUGGGUCGUCCUGACCCAGCUAACAACGACCGGGACACAAGCGAGACCCGCCGUCACCGACCAAGUCCAGUCGGAGGUGAAAAUGGAGCUGUACACGUUGUUCCCUGGGGAGCGUUUAGCGCUGCAGUGCCUCGAGCACCUGGAGGAGACGCAGCAUGAGGAGGAGGAGGAGGUACAGGCUGGGGAGAAAGAGGAGAAGGAUGAGGAGCAGGAGCAGGAGCAGGAGGAGACGCAGGAGGAGGUCAGGUGGACCAAGCAGGGGGUUCCGCUAGGCGAUGGGGAGCGCGUGCGGCUCCGUGAGGGCCAGCUGGAGAUCGAGGCGGUGGAGGUGGCCGACGCGGGCCUGUACCGAUGCUUUAGCUUCCGCGGCCCGCGCGGGCGCAACCACACCGCCUUUUUCGCCGUUAAUGUCACAGCAGCUGAUGCAGUGGCCUCCUCUGAAGAUGAAGACGACGACGAGUCUUCCUCGGAAGAAGAUAAACCAUCGAGUAGCCAGAAGCUUCUACCGAUGCCUCCGCGGUGGUCCCAGCCUGAGAAGAUGGAGAAGAAGCUUCACGCCGUGCCCGCCAGCAAGACGGUGAAGUUCCGUUGCCAGGCCGAGGGCAACCCCACGCCCACCCUGCGCUGGCUGAAGAACGGCAAGGACUUCAAGCGGGAGCAGCGCAUCGGGGGCUUUAAGCUGAGGGAGCACAUGUGGGUGAUCAUCAUGGACUCGGUGGUGCCCUCAGACAAGGGCAACUACACCUGCGUAGUGGAGAACAAGUACGGCAGCAUCAACCACACCUACCAGCUGGACGUCGUGGAGCGCUCUCCUCACCGGCCCAUCCUGUACGCGGGACUGCCAGCUAACCGCACAGCGGUGGUGGGCAGUGACGUCGAGUUUGUGUGUAAGGUCUUCAGUGACCCUCAGCCUCACAUCCAGUGGCUGAAGCACAUUGAAGUCAAUGGGAGUAGCGUUGGGUCCGACGGCCAUCCAUAUGUGCGCAUCCUUAAGCACUCGGGGGUCAAUAGCUCGGACACGCAGGUGCUGACCCUCUACAAUAUCACUGAGGAGGAGGGUGGCGAGUAUAUAUGCAAAGUGUCCAAUUAUAUAGGAGAGGCAAAUCAGUCAGCCUGGCUAACUGUCCUCAAGCACGAGGCGCAAGGUAUGCUGCCCACGGACGUGCCCAACCAGACGUACCUGGAGGUGCUGAUCUACUGCGUGGGCUUCUUCCUGAUCUCCAUCAUGGCCGGGGUGGCCACCAUCGUCAAGAUCCGCAGCUCCUCCAAGAAGAGCGAGUUCAACGGCCAGCUAGCCGUGCACAAGCUGGCCAAGAGCAUCCCCCUACGCAAGCAGGUGUCAGUGGACUCCAGCUCGUCUCUGGGCUCGGGGGCUAUGCUGGUGCGGCCCCUGCGGCUCUCCUCCAGCGGAUCUCACCUGCUGCCUGGUGUGAGCGAGUACGAGCUUCCCCAGGAUCCUCGCUGGGAGUUCUCCAGGGACAGGCUGGUUCUUGGGAAGCCCCUGGGAGAAGGCUGCUUUGGGCAAGUGGUUAUGGCAGAGGCCAUGGGAAUGGACAAGGAGAAGCCCAACCGUGUCACCAAAGUGGCUGUCAAAAUGCUGAAACCUGAUGCCACAGAAAAGGACCUGUCAGACCUCAUCUCGGAGAUGGAGAUGAUGAAGACCAUUGGCAAACACAAAAACAUCAUCAACCUCCUGGGAGCCUGCACGCAGGACGGCCCUCUGUACGUGAUAGUGGAGUACGCCUCCAAAGGGAACCUCAGGGAGUACCUGCGUGCCCGUAGACCUCCCGGCAUGGAGUACUGCUACAACCCUGACCAGGCCCCUUCAGAGAGCAUGUGCAUCAAAGACCUCGUCUCCUGUGCCUACCAGGUGGCCCGUGGCAUGGAGUACUUGGCAUCUAAAAAGUGCAUCCACAGAGAUCUGGCUGCCCGGAACGUGCUGGUGACAGAAGACAAUGUGAUGAAGAUCGCUGACUUCGGCCUGGCCAGAGACAUCCACCACAUAGAUUACUACAAGAAGACAACAAAUGGCCGAUUGCCUGUGAAAUGGAUGGCACCCGAAGCUCUGUUCGACCGGAUCUACACCCACCAGAGUGAUGUGUGGUCCUUUGGGGUGCUGCUUUGGGAGAUCUUCACGUUGGGAGGGUCUCCGUAUCCUGGGGUGCCUGUAGAAGAGCUCUUCAAGCUGCUGAAGGAGGGCCAUCGCAUGGACAGGCCGUCCGCCUGCACUCAGGAGCUGUACCUAAUGAUGAAAGACUGCUGGCACGCUGUUCCCACUUACAGGCCCACGUUCAAGCAGCUCGUGGAGGACCUUGACCGCAUCCUGUCCAUGACAUCCAACCAGGAGUACCUGGACCUCUCGGAGCCGCUGGAUCCGUACUCCCAGGUCGUCUUGGACACCCGCAGUUCCACAUGUUCCUCGGAGGCGGACUCAGUGUUCUCCCAGGACGCCGCGGCAACGGAACCCUGCCUUCCGCAGGCUCCGCACUCCGCAGCACAGAGCGGUAGCAGCCGGGCCUUCAGGAAGCACUGAGGGCACCUCUGAAAAUGCCGUCGGAAUUUUCCAUUCCGCUCCCAGGUUUCACGUUAAUCUCCGGCCGGCAAAGGCCUGCGUCCUUUUCCCCCCUAAGCCCACAAAGUCAGAGAGAGAUGGAGAGAGAGAGAGAAAGAGAGAGAGAGAGAGAGAGAGAGACAGAGAGAGAGAGAGAGAGAGAGAGAGAGACAGAGAGAGAGACAGAGAGAGACAGAGAAAGUGAAAGAGAGAGCCAGAGAGAAAGAGAGACAGUUCUUAAAGCCUGGCAUUUGAUACAGAGGAAAGACUCUUGGCUUACUGUAUGAACACGGCUUUGUAGGGGACAAGCUGCAGCCGACAUUUUGAAAAGACAAAACUUGUGAGUAGAGUUUUGCCCACUGGCUGUCUCUCACUUGAGAGUGUCUCUCUCUCUUUCUCUCUCUCCCUCUCUCUCUCUCUCUCUCUCUCUCUCUCUCUCUCUCUCUCUCUCUCUGUCUCUGUAGAAUAUUCAAAUAAUAAAUACCUCGUCCGCCCCAAACAACAACUUCCACCAUGACAACAAGGGUGCACACACAUCUGACCGCUCUCAGGCCUUCGUAAAGGACAAUUGGCCAAUGUCAAACUCAGCUGUGUGAGGAAUGACUGACGGAUGGUGACUUAGUGAUGGGAUGAGCAGCUGGCUUUCUUGGCUGGACUGUCGCACAGCAAAGCAAGGAGGAGCCAAGCCAAGGCCUGCAGGCCGGGAGAGAAAAAGAGAGAGAGAGAGAGACACUUCAGAUUCAGCUGACAAGGCUGCCUUGGCCUGCCUUCGGAACUAGGUUUAUGAGCAGCUGACCAGUCUGAUUGUGCAACUAGACUUCAUUUUGGAGCUUGGGAGAGUCAAACUCCAAAAGGAAGUCCGGUUGCUCAAGAUUGUCAGUGCGUUGGCUACCAUGGCUGACCUGGAUAACUGAGAAUCUUCACAGACAUGCCUUGCCUUCUCAUUCUAAACACAUGCGAUGUUUUGCUUAUCCAGAAGGACACUUGAUUUUGUUUAAGUAGGGGCUGACAUGGAGGAUUUUGAAGGCACUAGUAAUGGGACAAUAAUUAGAAAGAAAUGAACUUUCAUGGCUCACGGAAAUGGAGCAGAAUAUUGUUCUUCUCAAAUUCCAGGCAUUUCCCCUCGGCCCUCUGAGAAAGGGAAAGACCACCCUACCUUUUAUAAAGAGUAACUCUAUGCUGUUUCUUUUUUUUUUCUUAAUCCUUGAGACCAAAUCUCAAAAAAGACUGCAUAUCAAAUACAUUACGCAACAGCCUCUCUGGCUGUCUUUGUAAAUACCGUUAUAUUGUACAAAUAUUAUUAUUAUUAUUAUUAUUAUUAUAAAUGUAUUUACACUAUUGUUUUCUUUUUAAUUAUUUUUGUAUGAGGUCCCUCAUUUCUAACAAUGUCAACGAAAUAUUAAAAAAAUAAUAAAGUCUUUAAUGGAGUGCUAGUUGAGCUAAAGGGUUUCAUGAGAGAAUAAGCUAAUGAUGAUGCUAUCCAGGCCAGUUUGUAUUAAUAGGUGUUGAGCUCUUGAUUCCUUGUGAUAUCUUAAGCAUAUAAUGAUAAUAAUAACAAGGACGACGACAACAACAAUAAUACUUUGUGCAGAGAUGAUCCUGUGCCAAUAAUGUCAAAUAAACCACAAUUGUUUUCAGGUCAUUGCCAUGUCGACAGAUUGAAUCAUGGGCAUGUACAUUGCUAAAAGAUCUUUAUUCCAUAAUGUGUAUGUAUUAUUGUAAACAUACCAAGUGCUUAAGAUUCGAUUCAUUUCUAAACUUUGCUGGUAAUGGUACAUAUGUAUGUAACUUUGCAAUGUCCUAGAGCUUUGUGAUACUUAGCCCAAAUUAAAGAACAUUUUAAAGAUGUAUCAAAAUCUUGUUCCCUCUCGUAGUAUGCAUGAACUGACAGUUGGUGUUGACAAUCAUUCAAAAGCAUUGCUUUCGCACUCCCAAGUAAUGAACAUCUCAACCAUUUGUCCGGGUUUACAGCCUUAUAAUUAAGCUGCUAGAACAAUUAUGAACUGGACGAUGCUACAUGAGUGAUGGACAAUGACAAUUGUUGUAUUGACAUCAAUGAGAACUGAUUUUUGAUAUAUUAAUAUAUCAUACUGCUUACUGUCACUUGCAGUAGGCCUACAUACAACUGGAAUUCAACCAACCAUGACAGGAAAAAAACACCUCUAUUAAAGCAAUAUUAGUAACACACCUGAAAAUGGACUUUGCCCUCUCCAGUGUGUUUGUCUUGCUCCUCCACGAGGUGUUUAUCUUGGGUGGAUGAGCUGUGUAACAGCAGCAGCAGGAGCUCCAGAUGUCUAUUUGGCUCUAUUUGGCUGGUCAC